AAGGGCUAGCUGCCGGCUGGGCAGGAUAGCGUGGAUUGCACUGCUGAAUGGAAACAGAGGAACAAGAAAACAAAUCGUAUCGUAUGGCAUGGCAUGGUCGACAUGUCAGUCAGGCAUGUGUCAUAUCUAUCGUAGAUAACGUUGUCAUGUUUGAAUCUGCCUCUACGAUUUUGUGACGAACAGCAUCAGCGAGCAAUGGCAGCUUCGAUGAUCAGCCCACGGACAAUUGUCGUGUCUCCCAUUCGCCUGUCAGCUGGUGUCAUCUCCCAGUCGUCCAAAACUACUGUCGGAGCUGUCGCGAGGCCUCACUGCCAUUCUAGUCGGGCGUUUGGCAACUGGACUCGGCCUUCUACAUUUAAAAAUUGUGGCAAAUUUGUUGCUCGAAAUGCGCAGAUCAGGAGUAGAAAGCAUAGCGGUGUAGUGAGAGCUAGAGGUGAUAGAGGUGAUAGCAACAGAGAUGAUGAGGGAGUCAUCAAAGACAUGGAAGUGUACCUGGAUGAUCUUUCCCUGGAGUAUGACAGUGUCUGGGACACCAAGCCCGCCUGGUGUCAACCAUGGACCAUAGUGACCACUGGUCUAGGGGUUGUUGGCGGAUCCUGGCUUACCUUCCAAAACAUAUUCGUCACAGGAGGAGCUUGUUUCCUGAUAAGUGUCUGGUGGUUCAGUUUUCUCUAUGCAUACCCUUUGGCUUAUUCAGAAAUGAUUGCCGAGAGGAGAAAAAUGAUCAAAGAUGGGAAUGAAGAUACUUUUGGUAGGAGAAGAGCUCAAUGAAAAAUCCCAUAUAGAACCGGGAAAUUGCAUUCAGUACUUUCCUGUCUUUCUUCGAAUGUCUCUGGAGUGUAGAACACAGAUACUUGAGUGUAAAUUGUGACCUUUCUCUGGCAUGGCAGGAAGCAACUCAAGAUCUGUAACAGGAUUAGCAACAGUAAUCAGAACUUUGUAAUUUAGCAUGUCGAGAGUUUCACCGCUCUCACCAUUAUUUUAACACAUCCAGUUCAUCACAACCUUCUGUUUGAAUUUUAUUUAUGAUUCAAUUCCGUAUCUAUCCUUCUAAGGUCAAUCCACUUCGUAAACCACUAUGUGGGAGAAUGUCUCAAAAGAUGUGCAGUUCGUCUGGAAGGAACAGUAGCUAUUCGAGUUCUAAAACUGAUGUCUCUCCGAGUGUAUGAGAUUGUGCACGAAGCUCUC